AUGGGGGGAAAAAAAGGAAGAUCUAUAGCAUGCCCUUUAGGACGUUCAGCCAAAAGACGACCACAGCCUACCCCACAAGGUUCCAGCCAGAUCAUUGCGGAUUUAGAUGCCAGCGAGGUACGCUGGCUGGAACAACAGUCCCAACGCUUGACAAAUCAACCACCACCUCAACAUGAAGCGAUGCAGGCACCUCCUCCAGACCUAUUCGAUCCUGAGGGUGAAAACGACUAUAUUUCCGAUAUCAAUCCUGAAGAAGCAUACCUCAUUAAUCAUAAUAUCCUGGACGACAGCAAUGAGGAGCCACCUGAAGUCAACAACUUCAGUGAAUACGUGAAGGGUUCAAACUACAAAAAAAAACAGAUCAAAGAGGCCCAAAAUUGGGCAAAGGUGUUUGGUCCGAUGUUCCUCGAUUUCAUGGUAGGUUCCAAACGGACAACUCAAUGGGGUCUAGACACUUGGAGUGUCGAUUACAACAAGUCUUGUUCAUGUGGAACUGGUAAAAACCGCUUGCGAAAGGUAGACCUGGUGGACCUUACAAUGAGGCUAAUCCGGAUGGGAUUCAUUGGAGGGUCUCCAAUUCACCCUGAGAGUGCAUUUUCAAUCAGACUCUUGCGACUUCACCAUAGCCUAUGGAAGUAUUGCUCAGUUCAAACACAGGGCUUCUCACUUGGUUUUGAUGAAUUCUUGGAUCCAGCUAACCCACUCCUUUUGGUAGCGGGUACAACCUCGAAGGUGGCGACGGCCUUUCUCCCUGGCUAUAGACGCUUACAGACAGAUGCUUCGAUAUGA